UCGCGGGCGUACGUUGCGGCCUUUCCUAGCGCCGCCGGCGCCGCCACGGUCAUGGGGUUCCUGAAGCUGAUUGAGAUCGAGAACUUUAAGUCGUACAAGGGUCGGCAGAUUAUCGGACCAUUUCAGAGGUUCACCGCCAUCAUUGGACCCAAUGGCUCUGGUAAGUCAAAUCUCAUGGAUGCCAUCAGCUUUGUGUUGGGUGAGAAAACCAGCAACCUGCGGGUAAAGACCCUGAGAGACCUGAUCCAUGGAGCUCCUGUGGGCAAGCCAGCUGCCAACCGGGCCUUUGUCAGCAUGGUCUACUCUGAGGAGGGUGCUGAGGACCGCACCUUUGCCCGUGUCAUUGUUGGGGGUUCCUCUGAGUACAAGAUCAACAACAAAGUGGUCCAGCUACAUGAGUACAGUGAGGAAUUAGAGAAGUUGGGCAUUCUUAUCAAAGCUCGUAACUUCCUCGUCUUCCAGGGCGCUGUGGAAUCUAUUGCCAUGAAGAACCCCAAAGAGAGGACAGCUCUUUUUGAAGAAAUCAGUCGCUCUGGGGAGCUGGCCCAGGAAUAUGACAAGCGAAAAAAGGAAAUGGUGAAAGCCGAAGAGGACACGCAGUUUAAUUACCAUCGCAAAAAAAACAUCGCAGCUGAACGCAAGGAGGCCAAACAAGAAAAAGAAGAGGCUGACCGCUACCAGCGCCUGAAGGAUGAGGUGGUGCGAGCUCAGGUACAGUUGCAACUUUUCAAACUUUAUCAUAAUGAAGUGGAAAUCGAGAAGCUUAACAAAGAACUGGCCUCUAAGAACAAGGAGAUUGAGAAGGACAAGAAGCGGAUGGACAAAGUAGAGGAUGAGCUGAAGGAGAAGAAGAAGGAGCUAGGCAAAAUGAUGCGGGAACAGCAGCAGAUUGAGAAGGAGAUCAAGGAGAAGGACUCAGAGCUGAACCAGAAGCGGCCUCAGUACAUCAAAGCCAAGGAGAAUACCUCCCACAAAAUCAAGAAGCUGGAAGCAGCCAAGAAGUCCCUACAGAAUGCUCAGAAGCAUUAUAAGAAGCGUAAAGGUGACAUGGAUGAGCUGGAAAAGGAGAUGUUGUCAGUGGAGAAAGCCCGGCAGGAGUUUGAGGAACGGAUGGAAGAGGAGAGUCAGAGUCAGGGCAGAGAUUUGACCCUGGAGGAGAAUCAGGUGAAGAAAUAUCACCGGUUGAAAGAAGAAGCCAGCAAGAGAGCAGCUACCCUGGCCCAGGAGCUGGAGAAGUUCAAUCGAGACCAGAAGGCCGACCAGGACCGGCUGGAUCUAGAAGAGCGGAAGAAAGUAGAGACAGAGGCCAAGAUCAAGCAAAAGCUGCGGGAAAUUGAAGAGAAUCAGAAGCGUAUUGAGAAACUGGAGGAAUACAUCACAACUAGCAAGCAGUCCCUAGAGGAGCAGAAGAAGCUAGAGGGGGAGCUGACAGAGGAGGUGGAGAUGGCCAAGCGCCGUAUUGACGAGAUCAAUAAGGAGCUGAACCAGGUGAUGGAGCAGCUGGGGGAUGCGCGCAUCGACCGGCAGGAGAGCAGCCGCCAACAGCGAAAGGCAGAAAUUAUGGAAAGCAUCAAGCGCCUGUACCCUGGCUCUGUGUACGGCCGCCUCAUUGACCUCUGCCAGCCCACACAAAAGAAGUAUCAGAUUGCAGUAACCAAGGUUUUGGGCAAAAACAUGGAUGCCAUUAUCGUGGACUCAGAGAAGACAGGCCGGGACUGUAUUCAGUAUAUCAAGGAGCAGCGUGGGGAGCCUGAGACAUUCUUGCCUCUUGAUUACCUGGAGGUGAAACCUACAGAUGAGAAACUCCGGGAGCUGAAGGGGGCCAAGCUGGUGAUUGAUGUGAUUCGCUAUGAACCACCUCACAUUAAAAAGGCCCUUCAGUACGCUUGUGGCAAUGCCCUUGUCUGUGACAAUGUGGAGGAUGCCCGCCGCAUUGCCUUUGGAGGCCACCAGCGCCACAAGACAGUGGCACUGGAUGGGACCCUGUUCCAGAAGUCAGGGGUGAUCUCUGGCGGGGCCAGUGACCUGAAGGCCAAGGCCCGGCGCUGGGAUGAGAAAGCAGUAGACAAGUUGAAAGAGAAGAAGGAGCGGUUGACAGAAGAGCUGAAGGAGCAGAUGAAGGCAAAGCGGAAAGAGGCAGAACUACGUCAGGUGCAGUCUCAGGCCCAUGGACUGCAGAUGCGACUCAAGUACUCACAGAGUGACCUAGAACAGACCAAGACACGCCAUCUGGCCCUGAAUCUGCAGGAAAAGUCCAAGCUGGAGAGUGAGCUAGCCAACUUUGGGCCUCGAAUCAAUGAUAUCAAGAGGAUCAUCCAGAGCCGAGAGAGGGAAAUGAAAGACCUGAAGGAGAAGAUGAACCAGGUAGAGGAUGAGGUAUUUGAAGAGUUUUGUCGAGAAAUUGGUGUGCGCAACAUCCGGGAGUUUGAGGAAGAGAAGGUGAAGCGGCAGAAUGAAAUCGCCAAGAAGCGUUUGGAGUUUGAGAAUCAGAAGACCCGCUUGGGUAUCCAGUUGGAUUUUGAAAAGAACCAGCUGAAGGAGGACCAGGAUAAAGUACACAUGUGGGAGCAGACAGUGAAAAAAGAUGAAAAUGAGAUAGAAAAGCUCAAAAAGGAGGAGCAAAGACACAUGAAGAUCAUAGAUGAGACCAUGGCCCAGCUACAAGACCUGAAGAAUCAGCACCUGGCCAAGAAGUCAGAGGUGAAUGACAAGAACCACGAGAUGGAGGAGAUUCGUAAGAAACUGGGGGGCGCCAACAAGGAAAUGACCCAUUUACAGAAGGAGGUGACAGCUAUCGAGACCAAGCUUGAACAGAAGCGCAGUGACCGCCACAACCUGUUACAGGCCUGCAAGAUGCAGGACAUCAAGUUGCCACUGUCUAAGGGAACCAUGGAUGAUAUUAGUCAGGAAGAGGGUAGCUCCCAGGGGGAGGAUUCAGUGAGUGGCUCCCAACGAACUUCCAAUAUCUAUGCACGAGAGGCCCUCAUCGAGAUUGACUACGGUGACCUAUGUGAGGAUCUGAAGGAUGCCCAGGCCGAGGAGGAGAUCAAGCAGGAGAUGAACACACUGCAGCAGAAGCUGAAUGAGCAGCAGAGUGUGCUCCAGCGUAUUGCUGCCCCCAACAUGAAGGCCAUGGAAAAACUGGAAAGUGUCCGAGACAAGUUCCAGGAGACCUCAGACGAGUUUGAGGCAGCUCGAAAGCGAGCCAAGAAGGCCAAACAGGCAUUCGAACAGAUCAAGAAGGAACGCUUUGAUCGCUUCAAUGCCUGUUUUGAAUCAGUGGCCACCAACAUUGAUGAGAUCUACAAGGCCCUGUCCCGUAACAGCAGUGCCCAGGCAUUCCUGGGCCCUGAGAACCCUGAGGAGCCCUACUUGGAUGGCAUCAACUACAACUGUGUGGCUCCUGGCAAACGCUUCCGGCCCAUGGACAACUUGUCAGGGGGGGAGAAAACAGUGGCAGCUCUGGCCCUGCUCUUUGCCAUUCACAGCUACAAGCCAGCCCCCUUCUUCGUCCUGGAUGAGAUCGAUGCUGCCCUGGAUAACACCAACAUUGGCAAGGUGGCAAAUUACAUCAAGGAGCAGUCGACUUGCAACUUCCAGGCCAUCGUCAUUUCUCUCAAGGAGGAGUUCUACACCAAGGCUGAAAGCCUCAUUGGAGUCUACCCUGAGCAAGGGGACUGUGUGAUCAGCAAAGUCCUGACCUUCGACCUCACCAAGUACCCAGAUGCCAACCCCAACCCCAAUGAGCAGUAGCAGUAGUUCUGCCCUCCUGCCCUGUCUGGAUCCCUAAGCUGCCCCUCUCCCAAUCUCUGGAUACUUGGCUCCCAACCUUCCCCAUCUCCUGUCCCUGUUUGGUAUAAUCAUGGGAUUUAGGCCCUGCUAUCAAGCACGAAGAGGAACAGAGGUGAUGUUAGUUCUGGAGCAAAAAUUCCUGAGCUUCAGGGAGCAUCCUGGCCUCUGGAAGGAGGUGCUGAGCUGAGCUGAACUGAGCUGAACAGGGCCAUCUGUCCAUCCCCCCUUCCGCCAUCCUGGACCUUCCCCCAUCACCCAUAGUCAUGGGUCCCUUGGACCCCCUUGCAUUUUGCUCGUGUGUGGGUAUGUAUGUGUGUGUAUAUGUGUCUGCAUGUGCGUGUGUGUGUGUGUGUGUGUGCCAAAUAAUAAAGAUAUUGGAGACCCAUUUUAGAAGGAGCCUAGGCUGAAUUUGAUUCCAAGAGAGCUUAGUAUGACAGCACCCCAGAGCUGGGCAAGGAUAUUCCAGACCUCAUAGGAUUCAGGCAGUUAUGUGAAACUGCCCUCAUUCACUCAUUCAUGUUUUCAUUCAUUUUGUAUGUUUAUCAGAUACAUACUGAACACCCUCUAUUUGUCAGGCUCUAUGUUAGGAAUACAGAAUUGAAUCAGGCAUGAUCUCUACCCUCCUACUAAGGAGAUGCUAGUGGGUUCAUGAGUUCCUGUGGUUAGCUGAAUCAUAUAUAGGUGCUUUGAAUUUUAGAAGAGAAUGAGCGCCUCCAGACUUCCUGGAGGUCACAUUUGAGCUGGACCUCGACAAGUUGGUAGGAUUACUUGGGUACUAGGAACAGAGCCUGGGCUCUGGGGAUAGUUCUAGUCCCAUGUUUUAUCACUUGCUAGUUUGAUGCUGGGCAAGUCAUUUGACCUUUCUGUGCCUCAGUUUCCUCAUCUAUAAAAUGGGGCUAACAGUAUUUACCUACCUCAUAGGAUUUAAUGAUGUCAAACUCCUCACUGGAGGCCUUAUCCCUGCAUGGAGCUCACUAGGUGCCAACCCCUCAGAAUACAAGCCUUCUCAUGCAUAACCCCUGAGGGCUUCUGAUCUCAGUUGUUAGGAACAGAAGGAGCCUUCAAAUCUGGGAGAUACUGAAUGCCCUGGUCAUUGGGGAAGUUCCAGGGCACUGAUGGGGUUUACCUGGUAAGUCGAGGGCCUAAGGAACCCUAUAGCUUCAGUCGUGUAUGAUAACUGAGUGCCUAGCCUGGGUUGUGAGGAAGUAGGGGAGAGCUAGCCUGGGAUACAUCCUGGCUGAAUGUGUGUGGUGUCCCUUUUGGGAACUAACCGCAUUAGUUGCAGGGACUGUGCAGAGGCAGCACAAGUCUGCUGCCAUGAGGUCAGUCUUUGCUUGUUCACGUAUACCGUUAGACCAUCACCUUGUCCUGAUCUGUAUACUACAUUUUUGUUUUUUUAAAGUUGUCAGUUCUGAUUACCCAAGUAAAGCAUGAAUCCAUUUUCUAAGAAAUUAGGUUGUUGCAAAUAAAGCUUGCUUCAUUCAACUACCAUUCGCCCUCCCGCUCUUAAUUGCUAUAAUGUCUGUUGUACACCCAUCUCGACCUUGUUUUAAGACCUUUACUUUUGAGUUCAUUGAAAGUACUUUGUUUAAUGCGGAUGUUGUAUUGAAUCAUUCUGCAAUUUUCUUUCUUUGCUUAGCAAUGUUUUUGAGAUCUAUGCAUGUUGCUAAAUGUAGAUACAGUUCAUCCUUUGUAAUUGUUAUGUGGAUUGCCAUGAUGUGACUCUAGCAUGUUUUAUUUACCCCUUUCUCAUGUGAUAGACAGUAAGACAUUCCUGUUUUUGCUGUUAUAGGAUACUACGCAGGAGCAUCGUGUGUGUGUGUGUGUGUGUUGUGUGUAUGUGAGAGAGAGAGAGAGAAAAUUUACCCAGGCUUGAUUCCUACAAGUUGAAUUGCAGAAUUGUAGGCUAUUUAUAUUUUUGUUUUUAAUAGGUACUUCCAGAUUGCCCUCCUGUACUAUUUACUCAGUAUUUUCCUUGAGGUUGUCUUAGGUCUAAUAUUGUUAUCUACUUCAGUUUCAUCCUAAGUAGCGAUAACCGUGAAGCUAUGGGUUUGAUGUGCUUUGUAUUUUCUAAUACAUAUUAAAAGGGAUAACUAUCAAUACAAAAUAAAUUUGUUUGUGUUCAACCAAAGAAGUCACAUACCACUAGUGGUAUGUGUGCUAUAAUUUGGGAAAUGCUGGCAUAUGUAGAAGAGCACAACUGGGGAAUCACCCUGGUUCAAAUCCUAGCUGUAGAAACUUGAGCCCAUUAAUUAGUACACCUCCCUGAGCCUCGGUUUCCUCACACAGGAAAGGAGAUAAUGUACACCUACCUUGCAGCGGUGUAAGGAAGAUGAAAUAUAUCUGAAGCAAUUUGGCUGGUGUCUAGGUCAUCACAGGCCUUUAAAGGUAGCAAUUGUUAUUCUUCCCACUUUACAGAUGAGGAGACUGCGGCCCAGGAAGGUUAAGUAACCCAGCUACCAGGUAACAAUGAGGGUUUGAACUCAGGCCCUCCAGUUCAGUCUUGUGCUUUCUCCACUGUGGCAGUGAUUAUUAGCCUUGGCUGUGCACCGGAAUCACCUGUGAAGCUUUUUCUUUUUCCUUUGGUUUCUUUUUUGGUCACGCCACACGACUUGCAGGAUCUCAGUUCCCUGACCAGGGCUUAAACCUGGGCCAUGGUAGUGAAAGCCCAGAAUCCUAACCACUAAGCCACCAGGGAACUCUCUCUUUCAUUUUUAGAAAUCAAAGCAAUAUAUACACCAGUUAGAAAAUAAAAUAGUACAGAAGGGCUUAUAAUGAAAAGCAGCAGUUCCCUGCUGCAUCCCCAUGUCCAAAGGAUGUGGAGCUCCUUGCUCUGGUCCCACCCCUGGAAAUCUGAUCCAGUAGGUGUGGAUAAUAAUCUGGGUAAUUAAUCCCUCCCUCACAAGGUAGAAAGCAUUACAUGAGAUGCCACGGGCUAAGGCCCUGGCACAUAGGAACAUAAGUGCUAUAAAGGAUUUAAAUCCUGAGGGUCAGAGAGGUGAGGUGACUUGUCUGAGGUCCCAGUGGUUUGGUGGCAGAGCCUAGACUUCAACUGGGAUCUCUGUGCUUGCCCAGUGCUUUCCCUUGUGCCACACUGCCUCCUAUCAUCACAAGGCAACAUUUGCUCAGUGCAAGCUCUGCCUAGAGAAGAGCAGACACCGUGGUGUGUUUCCAAGAGCCAGCUGGAUCUGAGUAGAAUCCCUAGGGCUAGUUGGAGAACACUAGGUUGACUCCCUUAAGUUCUGGACCUGGUAGCCUUAGUCUCGGGACACAAACAUGAGUCAAAUCCUUAUCCUGUCUUUGAGGAGCUCACUGUCUAGUUGGGGAGGCAGUUCAUAAAACACUGCAAUCAGUGCUCUCAGGAGCAUGGAUAAAGGAGAAGCAUCUAGCUUAGGUAGAGGUUCAGGGAAGACGUCCUCUAGUCUAGGAAGUGAUACCUGAGCUGACUCUUGAGGGACUGGCAGGAAUUAGCCAGUUGAGGAAGUGGAAGGAAUUUCCAGGUAGGGGAACAGUAUGCACAAAGACCUGAAGGCAAGAAACAGCCCAGCAAUUCAAAAAUACUGAAGCAUAAGAUUUUCUGGGCUGGGGAAAAGCAGCAGGAAAUGAAACUGGAGAGGUAGUCAGGAACCAGAUUUGAAGAGGGUCAUAAGAGCCUGGCUACAGAGCAGAUGUACCUUGUAGGACAGUGUGGUUCUCAAGCUGGCUCUGCACCAGAAACACAGGGCAUCCUGGGCUCCAGCUUCUAAAAAUUCAAUUUCCAUAACUGGUGGGCGCCUCAGUAUCUGGAGUGCUUAUCAAAAGGUCAGCACAUAACUCUAGGGUACAGCCAGGUUUGGGAACUGUGGGUUGGAGGCAGCAGGGGAGCCGUGGAAUAGUUUUAAGCAGAGGAGACUCCAGAUGUGAUUUUAACAAACCUCUUUCUGGGCAGCCGGUGUGGAAAUAGGUUAGAUGCUCAAACUGUAUGCUCCCGGGUCUGUAGUUUCCCUGUUGUUCAGUUCUCGCACUGUUUUAUAUUUGCUUGUAUUAUCUCUCUGAAUAAGCUAUAAGCGCCACAAGGGCGGGCCUGGGGUUGUCUUGCUACUGGUAUAUCCCCAGCAAAAAGCACUCUGCCUGACCCAGAACAGGCACCCAGUAAAUAGUUUUUGAAUGAAUGAAAGCAUGAACAAAUGUGUUUGUGAGGGAGAGAAUGGAGACAGGUUAGUUAGGGAACUAUUGAAAAUACUAGGCUUACUCAAGGGUAAGGGCAGUGGGAAUGGAUUGGAGAUGAUAAGAUGUAAACUGUUAAAGGAAGAUGAUGAAGCAGACUUGGUGACUGGUUAUUGGAUGUGGAGGGUGACUGAGCGGAUAGAAUGAAUACUCGUUAAUAGCCAAGACUCCCACCCUAUCCCAGUCAUUCUCCUUCCUCAUCCAUCUUAAUGAGAAUCUCCUUCCAGCCUCCUCAGCAACUGGAAUUCCUCAAGUUAGGUAAACAUUCUGUGUGCUGUGUGGUCUCUCCCUCCCCCUGGCCAUUGAUUCAUUCAUCAAGUUCAAUAAAUCUUGGCUAAGCACCUCCUGUGCUCUUCCAAGCCAGGACUCUGAUUCCCUCUUUCCUACCUCAGAUGUUUUUGAGGGCUUCCCCAGACAAGACUUACAUCCCUUAUACAGUAACCUAAAGGCAGAUACCCAGAUGUCAGACCCGUAAGGGAACUUACAGGCUUUGUCCAGCCCCCUCCUGAGGCUCUCAGAGGGGAAGGAACUUGCCCAAGGCCCCACUACUAGGAAGUGUUGGACCCAGAACUGGAACCUGUUUCCUUUCUACAUUGUCCCUAGAGCCUUGAUUUCUCCCAUUGCAGAUCAGGACAGGCAGAGGAGGCCAAGAAGAAGGUGGGCCUUAGGUUGGCCUUAAAGGUCGGUGUACUGGACAGGCCAACAAUAAGCUUACCAAUUACACUGCCCCCUUCUGGAAGCCCUCAGCAGACCUGCCGUGCCCACAGUCCCUUCUAAGGGGUUUCUUAAGCAUGAGUUGCCAUGCUCUGUACCAUGUGACCUCACAAUCCUGGCCACAGAUGGUUAAGUUGGGGUAGUAUCUUACUCAAGGACAGCCAAUCUCUAAGUUGGCCAGGAGCCUAUUAGGCGGUCUGGUGUAAGAACUCCGCCUCCUAGUGAUGGCCUUUUGGGGAUGGCAAAUGUAUGAAACAGAUCCUUUUUCAGGGAGGCUGAAUGUGAGGCAUUAAGAAGUAAACAGUUAGACUUCAGCAAGGCAGGAGUGGUGGUGGAUGAGGGGUGUCAGAAACUGAACAACGAAAGCAAGGAGAAAGGUGCAGAAAUCAUGAGACAUGAGAAUGUGGGGCCACAGGUAGCAGAAGCCAUGAAGCAGCAAGACAAUGGGCCAAAAGGACACAGAAGCCAUGAAGCAAUAGGAGCCAUGAUGUAGCAGUAGCCAUGAGGAACAGAAACCAUGAGACAAAACCCUGAAUCUGUGAGAUCCACGAAGCAGUAGAAGGCUUGAACAGACAAGAUCCAUGAGGCAGCAGAAGCAAUGAGACUGCAAGAGCCACAAGGUAACUGCAACCACGUGGCAGCGAGGCAACAGGAAUCAAAGGGGCAGUGGGAUAGACAAGGCAAGCAGAAGUUGCAGCACAAAGAAGCCCUGGAUUAAUUGGAACUGAAGCCCCAGAAGCCAGGAAGCUGCAGGAGCCAGGAGGCCCAGAAGCUGUGAGGCCCCGAAGGCCAUGGGCUAUCGAGGAGGGGAGCAGAGAAAAGGUAGUCAGUAGCAGUAGGAGGAGUAUAAAUACUGCCAGAAAGAAGUUGAGUCACCAUUUUGGGAAGCACUAGAGAAGGGAGCAACAGAUGCCUGCAGCUGAGGGGGUGACAAGAUAAGCCAGGCUCUAGAGCUGCUUUGGAUCAUGAACCAUUUUCAAGUUUCUGUUCUGUGAGGCUGCCUGUGUAGCUGUUUUUGUCUUCCUUAUUUCCCUGUGAAUGCUUCAAUAAAUCUCCAUCACUAACCUGAGUGUGUCUGUUCCUUGUAAUCUAAAAGAGGUUAACACUGGUGUGCACUUUAGAUGGGUGAAGAGCAGGGCAGAAGGUCUUCCAGGUGGGUUUGAACCAAGACAGGUGGGAAUUCAUUCUUCUCUCAUACCCUCACUGGCACAGGCACUUUUCAUUCACUCAUCGAUUUCUUUUCCUCCUUAAUCCAUCCAGUCAUCAUUCAUUUAUUCACUUAUUCAUGUAUAACUCAUUCACUUAUUAACUUACUCAUUCAUGCAUUAAUAUAAGCAUUUACUCAUUUGCUUAUUCUUUCCAGUAUUCACUCGGUCAUAACUUUUCCAUCCAUUCAUUCAGCAAGCACACAUUGAGUUCCUGCUGCAUGUCAGGCCCUAUGCUCCAGGAAUUCACAGUUUACCUGGGGACUCAAGUAAGCAGAUAAGUGCACCAACUGUGACAAAUGAUCUAACAGAAGUCUAGAUGAAGCAGAGUAGAGAAUAUAAGACCACUGGAUGGUUCUUCCUGGGGUGGGGUGGCAUGGAAGGAGUACUCAGGAAAGCCUUUAUAGAGAAGGGGGCACUUGAACUGAGUCUUGAAGGUAGAGCUGCUGUUUACCAUAUAGAAAGGGGGGGGAAAGAAUAUUUCAAGCAGAAGAGCUGCCUAAGCAAAGUUAUAUGAAGAGUGUGAAAGCACAUGCAUUUUGAGGGGAGCAGUGGAAGAAUUGGAAGCCAGGCAGUCAAAGCUUAGCUUUGAUUCUAUGGGCAAUGGGAAGCUGUAGAAGGGUUUAAAGCGGGGAAGUGAUAGUCAGAUUGGUAUUUUAGGAAGAUCACUCUGGUAGCUGGUGUGAAGGAUGGUUGGGGGCAUGAAACAUUGACCUGAAUAACAUACUUGAAGAAAGAACAUCUAAGUGUCAUAAUUAGAGGCAUGAAUGAAGACUCAGGAGUCACCGAGGAGGGAUGAAGUUCUGCCCGGGGACUAAGGAAGACUUUUUGGAGGAGGUGGCAUUUGAGCUGAGCCUUGAAUAGGGAAGAUUCCAACUAGUGGAGAUAGGGAGUAAUUUUUUUUCCAAGCAAGGAGACGAGUAUAAGUAUGGCAAGUUUGGGCUAACGGAUAUUCCAGUUUGACUGCCAUCAAGCUGCAUUUAAGGGAGAGGCAGGAAGGGAGACCACAAGGUUUCUCAAAGAUUUUUAUAUUCUGCUACCAUUAGGUCUGCAGGGACAAGGGAAUUUGAGGGGAGGGAGUAAGUGGUGGGGAGGAGUAUCCUUUUUCUGUUUUUAAAAAUUAAUUUUAAAUACAUGUUCAUUUUAAAAAAGAAGUAGUGCAUGCACGUUGUUCAGAAAACAAAUCAGUAAGCAAAUCAGUACAAAAGGAAAUGAAGAGUCUACUGACCCACACAUCCCCACCCCCAUUCUACCACGUUUAGUUAUUAGCAACCACUUUUAGUUAUUUCUUCUUUCUUUCUUUUUAUUUAUUUAUUUAUUGGCUGUGUUGGGUCUUCAUUGCUGUGCUCUGGCUUUCUCUAGUUGUGGCGAGUGGGGGCUACUCUUCUUUGCAGUGCGAGGGCUUCUCAUUGUGGUGGCUUCUCUUGUUGCAGAGCAUGGGCUCUAUGUGCAUGGGCUUCAGUAGUUGUGGCAUGUGGGCUCAGUAGUUGUGGCACAUGGGCUUAGUUGCUCCGUGGCAUAUGGGAUCUUCCCGGAGCAGGGAAGGCAGAUUCUUAACCACUGCGCCACCAGGGAAGUCCCUUAGUUAUUUCUUCUGAUUGUUAUCUCCAUAUCUAAAUAAUGUCAUGUGAUUUGUCUUUUAUCAAUGUCAGACAUUACCCAUUGGCCUCCUGCUAUGACAGAUAAGGGUUUGGAUAAUUUACACCAAGUUCAACUCUUGUCCUCCCUGCUUCUAAUAUAAUUUAGUUUCUCUGUUAGAUAAUUCUCUGAAUUUAAGCAACGCAGUGAUUCCUUGUUCCGUGAGCGAGAGACAAUUUUUCUUGACCAGAACUUUGUUAGAUGAGAAUAUCUUUACUUUUUGCCUUCUUCCCCACUGUUCAACCUCCCAAAUUCUGUCAUCUGGUCUUUUAUAUGUCAAAGUUGGUAACAUUGAAAUCUGUUCUGUAAACAUGAUUAAAGGCUUUUUCUGUGUGUUUUGUCUGUAGUUGAAUAGUUUGAUUCUAAAAGUUUAAAAGCAAUAAACAGUUAUUAUAUUACUAUGACUGUAAAUAUUGUUCAUUGCAGAGCCAAUUAAUAUACUUUUAUAAUUUUUUCCUUGUAGCAGUUUUUAGCUUUUCCUGAAGUUUCUAAUUCUUUGUUUCUCUUUCACUAUUUUACUCUUUCAUAUAUUUCAUUUUUUUCUUUUCAAAAAUGUCUAUUACAUUAAGUACAUCAAACCCACGCUCCCCCCCCCCCCAAAAAAAAAAGAAAGAAAAGACCUUCUCCUUGGAGCCCUCCAUCUCCUUUCUCAAAUAUGGACUAGUUGCUCUCUAGGCCUGAUGCAUGGCUGUCAUUUUGGGACUUACCUUCACAGCUUUCCUUGGUUAUAUCCGCUAUUUACUAUUUCCCAGGGUUUUUGUUUUGUCUGUUUUUGCCAUUGUUUUGAUAGUAUACAUUCUCAAGUAACUUUCUCAGAAAGGUUGUGUAGGAGGUAGACUUCCUGGGUCUUUGCAUAUCUGAAAAUAUCCGUAUUCCAUUCUUAUAGUCAGCAGAAGUUUGAUUUGUUUUGGGGGUUUUUUUGGCCUCACCACAUGGCAUGCGGGAUUUUAGUUCUCUGACCAGGGAUCGAACCCAUGCCCCCUGCUGUGGAAGUGCAGAGUCUUAACCACUGGACCACCAGGGAUGUCCCCUAAAGUUUGAGGUUCAUUUGUAGAGACACGGAUGGACCUAGAGACUGUCAUACAGAGUGAAGUGAGUCAGAAAGAGAAAAACAAAUAUUGUGUAUUAACACAUAUAUGCAGAUAAUAGAAAAAUGGUACAAAUCAACUGGUUUGCAAGGCAGAAAUAGAGACACAGAUGUAGAGAACAAACAUAUGGACACCAAGUGGG